UGCUGUUAGGGCUUUCCACAAGUUGCUCGGCAACUUUUUAGCAACUUCUCGUAUUUCGAGCAACGUUUUUCGUGUCGAGCAACUUUUCGUAUUCUUAGCAAUUUCUCUAUAGUUUUCUAGCAAUUCUGAGAUAUCGGAACAGCCUUAAGUGCUUAAAUUGGCCUUUCUUAAACAUUUCACAACGUUUUAGUAGACAAUUUUGAAUUUCCCGUGAAAAAGGAGCCAGAUUCUCCUUCCUGGGGCAGAUCAUAGGCGCAAGAUGUAUGCAGGCGGGCUUCUAGGUCAGUGGUUUUUAAAAGAAAAUUUAAAAUGGAGGACGAAGCCUGUCCCAGGGGAAGAAGGUCAUUCAACAAUUUUAUUGGCUCAUACUAAAAUUUUGGUAUGGAAAGGGCCCAUGACUAUGAGGCCAUGGGCUCCUAAUAUUGAUGCGUACAGUAUGUGGUCCUUGGUCGGGACGAAAAAGACGUAAAUGAGUAUUUCUUAUCUUCGAAGAAGAGUAGUGAGCUGAAAUUGUCCUGUAAGUUGCGGCCGUAACAUUUUACUAACUUGUGAAAAAUCGACAGCUUCUGUGCUUUGCCGAAAAUCCUGCAUCAGAGAAAAUGACCGCUCCGUUUGAAGUCCCCUGGUCCUGCCAGUGGUUCCUUGGUUCCUUUGGCCACUUGUAAGCCGGCAUGCAAACUGACAGCAAAAAGAAACGUUCCAAACACCAACUGAUCUAAAUUCCUGUUUAUUUUCUAAAGGCAUCAUUAUAACUUCGAAACCAAAAUGAGAUUUCUGUAUAAAGAGCUAUAGUUUGGUAUCAUGCAGAAUUAUUAAUAGUUUCGCUUCUGUGCGAAAGUGUGUCGUACAGUUAAUUACGAUGCAACGGCAGCGAAAUCGCCCCUAUUUUAAAUGAAUUCAAUCAAAGUUUAGAGGAAAAGAAAAAUUUAUUUGACCACUCCAGAAAAUACCAUAACAUACCAUAAUGUUCUUUGUUUGUCGCCCCAAAAUUUUGCAUAAGCGUUAUUUGUCAUCAGUUUCUCUUGGGAGUUAAAAUGGCCCCAAGAGAAACUGAAAACAAUGCUUAUGCAAAAUUUUGGGGUGACAAACAAAGAGCAUUAUGGUAUGUCAUAGUAUUUCUGGAGUGGUCAAUUUGUCGUCGCUUGUCAAAAAAAAAUUCCUUCAGGAAAUUUCGUGCAGGAACGGCAAAGAAAUCCGAUCGAAAAGCGUGCGUCAUCUUGCACGUGCAGUCCGUACAGAGUAAAUUUUUUGCUUGUUAAAACCCACGGCUUGAAUUUUGCUAAAGCUCGCUAAUGAAACCAAUCGGACGGAUAAAGCUCCCUUUUUAUGGCCUUCUUGAUCAUUACUUGAUUAAUAAAGUGCAGUGCUACUGGGAAAGUCUCGAGCAAUAUAUUUAACUUGAACGCUGCAUCGGGUUUUUCGGACUUACUGCACUCAUUGAUGCUUUACUUAAAAUGUGACUCAAAGUUGAAAGAUCCUCACUUCAAUUCAUAGAGUCUUAAUUUACUAAGAACUAAACGAAAUGAAAACUGAACUUUCUAGGCUCUCCCUUUUCAAUCACCAUUUGGCUGGUUUAUGUUAUCGUCCGGUGGCCGGCCUGGACCAAGGACCUAGUACGCAAAAUUUACUUUGGAAUAUUAUCACAACUUUGGUUUUAAAAUUCAGCCUAGUCAAUUGCGAGUAAUCUAUUCGCUAAAGUUAAGUUCAACAGACAUGUAACUGGCAAUAUAAAUAAUAAGAACUUGCCAGCCGUGAAACAGCCUUGUUAAACUUUAUUACACCUCUUUGCACUCUAGCUAACUCCAUGGGCUUAUUAAGACAUGAUCAUUACAUCUGGAGCUAUUCUAGAUGCUUUAAUUUCUUUGCUUCUGGGAAUCCUCUGCUGUUACAGCUGCUGUCCACUACCACAAACUAAGGCCUUAAAUUACUUACAUUUGCUUAAUGUGUACUUAUUGCUUCUGAGAAAGGGAUUAUUGUGAUCUUCUCUACAGGCACAGACAGAACGCAGGAACACAGUUUUCGGCGUCUCAAGUCAAAAACUGGGCUAAGCGUCCCUUCACAGAAAAAGAUCUGUUCAUCGUUGGUGAAGCUUAUCAGCCAAUAAAAGGCUGGAUCGAGGGAGCACUGCAAUCAGAACAGAAUGUAUUGAGUGAAGGAUGGGGGAUUGAAAAUGAUUCCCAUUUAGGGCAAGGAAGAGAAUCAAAGCAAGAUAAAGGCGACGACAACUUUGAUUUGAUUCCGUUUCCCUGA